AUAAAGUAUAGACAUGAAUCUCCGUUGUUGAGUCACAAAAAAUUUAAGCAAAAAGUAACUGGUGCUAAUUAUAAUUAUCGUAUCAACGUACGUAAGAAAAAACAGACGUUCGAUUCGAUUCGAUUAUAUCCCUUAGUGUACUUAAAUAAAAGUGUGCGAGUUUAAACACCACGGAUUAUGCCAAGGAGUGAACAGCAUUACACCAGGGUUGGUCAAAGGAACCAGCAGCAAUGGGGCGGCUUCGCGAACAUCAUCCCCUGGCCACCGAGGAAUGGACAACACCAAAGAUUGCAGACCGAAAGUCCGAGUCUCUCCGCCUGUACAACAGCAACGAACCUGUCGACGCUGGACCUACAGUCAUCAUCCACUUUAAACAAACAAAUAUUGAGGAACAACAACAGAAGGAUGCUGGAGGACAACUUGAGGAACCAGGUGCCGGAGAUCGAGCCCCUGAACGCCAAAAAGGAUGAGCAGCAGGAGAUCACGAUCCCCGAGGAAGUGACAAAGACUGAAAAAUUCAAAAUAAGCCAGGCAAAGACGCAGCUAUUGGCUGCCGUAGCGGUAUCAUGGGUUUCAAUGAUCAUUGGAUACUCGUCUGCCUACACAGCGCCGGCAGAACAAUCGUUAGAAGAUGACUUCAAGCUCAGUAGUGAAUCGAUGACAUGGGUGGUGAGUCUUAUGCCCUUGGGAGCGUUGGUUGGUGGCAUUUUCGGAGGAACCUUCAUAGAAUACAUUGGCAGGAAAUGGACACUGUUGGUGACGAACGUGCUGUUCCUCACCGCCUGGACGCUGAUGUAUCUGGCCCAAAAUCAGUACUAUCUGUGCAUUGGACGAGCCAUCAUUGGAUUUGCGGUGGGAAUAGCCUCUCUGACCCUCCCCGUUUAUCUUGCCGAGACGAUCCAGCCUGAGGUACGUGGCACCUUGGGUCUGCUGCCAACGGCCUUUGGUAACAUUGGCAUCUUGGUGUGCUACCUCUUCGGCACCAUCUACACGUGGAGCGAGCUGGCUUUGGUCGGGAUCAUUCUGUCCGUUCCGUUUAUGGUCCUGUUCAUUUGGCUCAUACCGGAAACGCCCAGGUGGUUCAUCUCCAAAGGCAAAGAGGAGAAAUCCAAGGACGCCCUCAGGUGGCUGAGGGGAUCCGACGCCAACAUCGACAAGGAAUUCAACGAGCUGGCCGAAAACCAAAAACAAUCCGAAGAAAAUUUCAAUGUCAAAGACCUGUUCACCAAGAACAACUUGAAAUUAAUCCUAAUUGUCCUUGGCCUUAUGUUCUUCCAACAAAUGAGCGGCAUAAACGCCGUCAUAUUUUACACCACGAACAUCUUCAAAACAGCCGGAUCCACGUUAGACAACAGCCUGUGCACGACCAUCGUCGGUGUGGUUAACUUCGUGUCAACCUUCAUUGCCGCCGUUUUGAUCGACAAAUUAGGAAGAAAAAUACUACUGUACAUUUCCAGCGUUGCCAUGAUCAUCUCGCUCGCAGUUCUCGGGGCUUACUUCUAUUUGAAACGCGAAAACUAUGACGUGAGCACAUUCGGGUGGUUACCGCUCGCAGUAUUCAUAAUCUAUGUACUUGGAUUCUCUCUCGGUUUUGGACCAAUUCCAUGGCUGAUGAUGGGCGAGAUCCUUCCGGCUAAGAUCAGAGGACCGGCCGCCUCCAUUGCCACCGGCUUCAAUUGGCUGUGCACUUUUGUCGUCACUAAAACCUUCCUGUUAAUCAUCGAUGGUAUCGGUCAACACGGUACUUUCUGGUUGUACGGUACUGUGGUGGCUGUGGCCUUGGUGUUCACAAUAAUUUGCGUGCCAGAAACUAGAGGCCAAAGUUUACAAGAUAUUGAAAAGAAAUUGGCUGGUAUUAAAGUGAGGAGGAUGAGUUCAGUGGCAAACAUGAAACCCAUGCCUUCAUCGUUUUAAUACCAACCUAGAAUCUCAAGUGUACAUAUUUAUUUAUUAAUUGUAAGAAAUUCCGAUAUUUUUUAUAUAUGUGAUAUAGUAGAGAUAAUAAAUAUUAUAUAUUUUAA